AUGACCGGAUCUAAGUCAUAUGCAGCACCAUGUGUCUUCAGCUCCAAAAUGUCUAAAUUUGAUGGUGAGAUUUUAUUGGACCCCACUGAAUACCGUCAUGUUGUUGGUGCUCUUCAAUACUGUACAAUCACAAGGGCUGAAAUUGCAUAUUCAGUCAAUCAAUUAUGUCAACAUAUGUACAACCCUACAACUACCCAUUGGAUCGCUGCCAAGAGAGUACUCCGCUACUUAAAGGGGACCCUCGACCAUGGCUUACUCUAUACUCGUGACUCUCUUCAAUUAACUGCUUACAGUGAUGCGGAUUGGGCUAGCAAUCCGGAUGAUAGAAAAUCCACUACUGGAUUUGGAAUUUUUCUUGGCUCAUGUCUUAUAUCUUGGGGUUAUAAGAAACUAGCUGUUGUAUCUCAAUCUAGCACAGAAGCAGGGAUUCGUGCCAUGGCGAUCACCACCACCGAACUUUACUGGAUCCGAAUGGAAAAAGUUAUUAAUGGAGAUAUUCUGGACAAAUUUAUUCCAACAGAACGCCAAGUUGCUGAUUUGUUCACAAAGGGCCACACGGCUGCAAGGUUUUUGCUCCUCAAAGACAAGCUGCAGGUGUCUCCACCACCCCUUAGCUUGAAGGUUAAUGUUAGAGAUAAAUCCCAGCCAGAAUCCAUGCACAAGAUGAUAGCCGGAUCCCAUGCAAAUUAG